UCCAUUUUUUGUCUAUAUAGGGCAACCAUGAGUCCCAGCAUACAGAAUCUAUGGUACUUCAGUCCUCCCGGGGGGUCAAAGUGGAAGGCUGCAUCCGAAUGUAUGAGCUGGUGCACAGGAUGAGAGGAACAGAGGGCCUGAGGCAGUGGCAAGAGGAGCAGGAGAGGAAGGUGCGAGCCCUCUCCGAGAUGGCAUCUGAACAACUGAAGCGCUUUGAUGAACGGAAGGAGCUGAAACACCAUAAAGAAUUCCAGGACUUACGGGAAGUGAUGGAGAAGAGCUCCAGAGAAGCCCUGGGGCACCAAGAGAAGCUAAAAGCUGAGCAUCGUCACAGAGCAAAGAUUCUCAACCUGAAGCUGCGGGAGGCCGAGCAGCAGCGCAUGAAGCAGGUGGAGCAGGAACGGCUGCGGAGGGAAGAAGGCCAGGUUCGCCUGCGGAGCCUCUAUGCCCUGCAGGAGGAGGUGCUGCACCUCAACCAACAGCUGGAUGCCUCCGAGCCGCACAAAGACGCGCUGAAGCUUGACCUGUCUGCCUUCCGGACCCGAGGCAACCAGCUGUGCGGCCUUGUCUCGGGGAUCAUUCGGGCCACGUCUGAGAACGGCUUUCCCACAGCAGAGGACCAGGCUGUGGCAGAGAGAGCCCUGCAGGAAAUGCGGGACCUCCUUACAAGCUUGCAGCAGGAGAUCGCCAAGGCCUGUGAAGACAAGAGGAGGCAGGAUGAAGAGGCGGCCCAAGAAAAGCGGCAGGAGUCAAAGAUGCAGCAGGGGCCGGAGGUCCCCAGAGAGACCCCAGCUCCCAGCCAGGGCCUAGGAGGGAAACAGAAUGAAGACCUCCAGGUGAAGGUACAGGAUAGUACAAUGCAGUGGUACCAACAGCUGCAGGACGCUUCUAGUCAGUGCGUGUUGGCCUUUGAGGAAUUGACCAACAGCAAAGACAGUCAGGCCAAAAAGAUAAAGAUGGACCUCCAGAAGGCUGCCACCAUCCCAGUGAGCCAAAUCUCCACCAUUGCAGGCUCAAAGCUGAAGGAGAUCUUCGACAAGAUCCACAGCCUGCUCUCUGGAAAACCCGUUCAGUGUGGCGGGCGCUCUGUGUCCGUCACCCUGAACCCACAGGGCCUGGACUUUGUCCAGUACAAGCUGGCAGAGAAAUUUGUGAAACAAGGAGAGGAGGAGGUGGCCUCUCACCAUGAAGCAGCAUUCCCCAUUGCGGUUGUGGCAUCUGGAAUCUGGGAGCUCCACCCCAGAGUGGGCGACCUCAUUCUUGCUCACCUCCACAGGAAGUGUCCCUACUCUGUUCCCUUCUACCCGGCUUUCAAGGAGGGAAUGGCGUUGGAAGACUAUCAGAGGAUGCUUGGCUACCAAGUGAAGGACUCCAAAGUGGAACAGCAGGACAACUUUCUAAAACGCAUGUCUGGGAUGAUCCGACUCUACGCUGCCAUCAUCCAGCUCCGGUGGCCAUACGGAAGCCGACAAGAGAUUCAUCCUCAUGGCUUAAAUCACGGCUGGCGCUGGUUGGCACAAAUCUUAAAUAUGGAGCCCCUGUCAGAUGUGACAGCCACCCUCCUCUUUGACUUCUUGGAGGUGUGUGGAAAUGCCCUCAUGAAGCAGUACCAGGUACAGUUCUGGAAGAUGAUCCUUCUCAUCAAAGAAGACUACUUCCCCAGGAUUGAAGCCAUCACAAGCUCAGGACAGAUGGGUUCCUUCAUACGCCUCAAGCAGUUCUUAGAGAAAUGUUUGCAGCGCAAGGAGAUUCCUGUCCCCAAGGGCUUUCUGACUUCCUCCUUCUGGCGUUCCUGAUGGCCCUCCGUCACCCACUGUCACCGUUUUGUUGCAAAGGGACAAUAAUAAAGCAACUGAAAACAGCUGUAUUUGGGAGAAGUCAUGUCAGAUUUAGAAAUCCACCAAUAUAUUUGUACCUUGCGACUAGGAGAGGAGACUUUUCAGGGGUCCCAGAACCUAGCGGGUCUCUUCAAAGGCUGGAGGCUCCUUAAGGGGUCCACAUGGCAGCGUAAAUGGCAUUGGCUUUUCUCAUUUCUGAAGUAUGGUGAGAAGAGUGGUUUAGUACUUGGUCUCAUCAUUCAUUUCCCUUGUGUCUGGUGUCUUUCAGAAAGUACGUAGUACCUUAACCAUUUAACUCUGAGCUGAAAUGAGCCCACCACUUGCCCAACUCCAUCCUCUCCCACUGCCCUCCGACCCCCACCAAGUCAUGCUGUCCUCGUUCAGGGUACAGGCCCAAAUCCUUACAUGCAAGUCUGGGUUAUCGUUGUUUUGCCUUUCUCGGCUUGUGAAGUCAUUAUAAAUUCAGAGGAAAUGCCUGAUAUAGACAUAGAUUAAGUCCCAAAUUGUAUCAGAGAUAGUUUAGCAUCUGGGACUAGGACUGUUAAUACAUGUUAUGUUGAACAGGGUGCACUGUUGGUCCUUUUAAUUUGGAAUUUGGCCCCUGGAAGACUAGGGAUGCAUGAACCAGGGAUGGUGGGGGAGGGGGGAGCUUGUUUUUGAAUUUGGUUGAAGACGGGCUGAGAUGGCCUUGCAACAUUAUGCAUGAGCCAAGCAUCUACAAGCAAUGACUCAGGGGUUAAAUAAAAUAAAGGUGUUUGGGAAGAAUUGGGAACUGCUUUAGAAUUGUUGACAUGUCCUGAGUAAAGAGUGAUGAUAGAUUCGCCUGACUAAAGCUACUACAGAAAUUCAGAGCUUGGCUGUUCAGGUAAGAAUUGAGGUUUGUUUUAGGGAAGACUCCUCGUCUUUUGUACUACAGGCAGCCGUGGAUCUCCUCUGUACUGUGUGUCGUCUGCGGGGAUGUGUUUUGGGGGGCGGGGUAUCCCCUGCUACUCUUGAGCAGCUUGAAGUGAUACCUUCUAUGAAUCGUUGACUCUGGUGCCAAAAAACAAGGAAUAAAGCUUGAUUUUUAAAAACCCA